AUGGGUGCACCAAAAGAAUUAUUAUUACCAAUUAUGGAUGAAUUAUCAAAAAAGCAAACUACAACAACAACUACAACUUCACCUUCAACUUCACCUACAAUACCAAUGAUUUUAGAUGAAAAUGUUAAUUUUUUAAAAUUUCCAAUUAUAGAUAAAAAUCAUGAAAUUAAAGUAAUUGAAUGUGGUAAAAAUAAUGGUGGUGGUGGUGGUGGUAGUGGUGGUGAUUAUUUAAAUGAAAUUUCAAUAUUUAAAAAUCAAAAUUUAAAAACAAUGACACCAUGUAUAAUUAAAGGUGAUACAAAUAAUUCGGAAUGUAUAAAUAAAUGGAAAGACUUAAAUUAUUUUCUUUCAAAUCAUGGUAAUAGAAUUGUACCAAUUGAAUUAGGUCAUAAUAAAUUAGAUUCAAAAACAAAGAAACAACAAAAACAACAACAAACUACUACUACUACAUCAAAUAAUGAUGAUGAUGAUAAUUCAAUAUUUUUUUUUUAA